UCUACUUAUAAUAUUGAGCGCAUCAAGGUAACUGGAAAGUAGUGGCUGAGGCGGACUGGCGGAGUACACUCACCGACUCACUUGGCCAUUUCCUUCAACCAUGAAAACCACCAUCACCGAACCCUUUACUGACCUUGAGCAUUCACCAAACCACCACACUACGCUACUAAACCACCCCGAACUACAACAAGGCGCUGUGAGAAAACAGUCGUUCGUCAGGGUUCUCUCCAGUAUCACUUUGGUCUCUCUGUUCUUUGUUUUAGCUUUUGUACUCAUCGUCCUGAACCAACAAAAUUCCACCAGCACCACCGCUGCUAAUUCAUCCCCGCCGGAGGAUAAAUCUUCCCGACGAUACUCUCAGUCCGAUCGCCUGACAUGGGAAAGAACAGCUUACCAUUUUCAGCCACAAAAAAAUUUCAUCUACGGUACGUUACAAUUUCUAGAAUUAACUCUCUAUUUAUUGUCAAAUGUCGAUUUAAAGUAUAACUAUUCAUGGAAAUUUCCAGUCGUAAUUUGCAUUUUUUUUUCUUGGAUUAUUUCAUGAUUCUCGAUGGUUUUGCUGUGUGGAUUCCCUGCUUCAGAUCCCAAUGGGCCAUUAUUUCACAUGGGUUGGUACCAUCUUUUCUAUCAAUACAAUCCGUACGCUCCAAUAUGGGGCAAUAUGUCAUGGGGUCACGCCGUGACCAAAGACAUGAUCAACUGGUUCGAGCUUCCUGUUGCCUUGACCCCAACCGAAUGGUAUGAUUUCGAGGGAGUCCUAUCUGGGUCCACCACUGCCCUCCCCAAUGGUCAAAUCUUUGCAUUGUAUACAGGAAAUGCAAACGAUUUCUCGCAACUACAAUGCAAAGCUGUUCCUGUGAACAUGUCUGACCCACUCCUUGUAGAGUGGGUCAAAUACGAGGAUAACCCAAUCCUAUACACUCCACCAGGGAUUGGGUUAAAGGACUAUCGAGACCCGUCUACAGUCUGGACGGGUCCCGAUGGAAAACAUCGGAUGAUCAUGGGCACUAAGAUAAAUCGUACCGGACUUGUACUUGUUUACCAUACAACCGAUUUUGUAAACUACGUGAUGUUGGACGAGCCUUUACAUUCGGUUCCCAAUACUGAUAUGUGGGAAUGUGUUGACUUUUAUCCUGUGUCAACAAUCAAUGAUAGCGCGCUUGAUAUUGCUGCCUAUGGCAGCGAUAUCAAGCACGUGAUUAAAGAAAGUUGGGAGGGACACGGGAUGGAUUGGUAUUCCAUUGGGACAUAUGAUGCAAUGAAGGAUAAGUGGACCCCGGAUAAUCCGGAACUAGACGUGGGUAUUGGGUUGCGGGUCGAUUACGGGAGGUUUUUUGCAUCGAAGAGUCUUUAUGACCCGUUGAAGAAACGGAGGGUCACCUGGGGUUAUGUUGCAGAAUCGGACAGUGCAGAUCAGGACCUUAAUAGAGGAUGGGCUACUAUUUACAAUGUUGCAAGAACUGUGGUGCUAGAUAGAAAAACCAGAACCCAUCUACUUCAUUGGCCCGUUGAGGAAAUCGAGACUUUGAGAUCCGAUGUUCAUGAAUUCAAAGAGAUUGGGCUCGAACCUGGUUCGAUCGUUCCACUUGAUAUUGGUCAGGCUACACAGUUAGACAUAGUUGCGACAUUUGAGGUGGAUCCAAAGUCAUUAAGCCUGACAAGUGACACAAACGGUGAAUAUGGUUGCACCACAAGCUCGGGUGCAACCGAUAGGGGAAUUUUGGGACCAUUUGGGAUUGCGGUUCUUGCUGACGAGGCACGUUCAGAAUUAACACCGGUUUAUUUCUACAUUGCAAAAAGUAAUGAUGGUGGUGUCACAACACAUUUUUGUACCGAUAAGCUAAGGUCAUCACUGGAUUAUGAUGGAGAGAGAGUGGUAUAUGGGAGCAGUGUACCUGUUCUUGAUGGUGAAGAACUCACAAUGAGGUUACUGGUGGAUCAUUCGGUAGUGGAGGGGUUUGCAAUGGGAGGAAGGAUAGUAAUGACAUCAAGAGUGUAUCCCACAAAGGCAAUAUACGAUGGAGCAAAGAUCUUCUUGUUCAACAAUGCAACUGGAACAAGUGUGAAGGCAUCUCUCAAGAUCUGGCAAAUGGGUUAUGCACGAGUUCAACCUUACCCUUUUUAAUUAUUUAUCCAACUCUUUUAUUAUAUUAUGUAGUUGUGUAUUUCAUUUUCUUUUUAGGUAAAUAAAAAACCAAACCGUGUUAUGUUGAUGAUUUUUGGUUGGUUUGCAAUUAUAUUUAUUACAAAAUUGUUGUUUAUAUCAUCUGUAAAACAUAUAAAAUUCAUGAUAAUAAAAAAUGAGUUUGUUCUGCUUUGAA